AUGGAAAGGAAGGUUAAUAAUCAUGGAGAAGAGGAAGAGGUGCAUCUCCAGCUCCACUCGACGAUCCCAUUGCUAACUCCAUAUAAGCUCGGAAAUUUCCAGCUAUCUCACAGAAUAGUUUUGGCUCCUCUAACAAGGCAAAGGUCUUAUGGCAAUAUUCCACAACCACACGCCAUAUUGUACUACAGUCAGAGAACCUCCAAAGGUGGCUUGCUCAUAUCCGAGGGAACGACGAUAUCUGAAACAGGCAUAGGAACUCCUGGAAUUUGGACAAAAGAACAAGUUGAAGCAUGGAAGCCAAUUGUGAAAGCAGUUCAUGACAAAGGUGGUAUCUUCUUUUGCCAAAUGUGGCAUGUUGGAAGAGUUUCAAACAAUGUUUUUCAACCUAAUGGACCAGCUCAGGUAUCAUCUACAGAUAAACCAAGAGUAUUUGCUAAUAAUUUUUCAAAAUUUUCACCAUCGGCCCGACUAAAGACUGAAGAAAUUCCUCAAAUUGUUAAUGACUUCAAACCAUCUGCUAUUAAUGCAAUUGAAGCAGGUUUUGAUGGAAUCGAGAUUCAUGGUGCUCAUGGUUAUCAAAUUGACCAGUUUUUGAAAGAUCAUGUGAAUGAUCGUACAGAUGAGUACGGAGGGUCUUCGGAGAACCGUUGUAGAUUUGCUCUCGAAGUAGUUGAUGAGAUUCGAAUCCCCUUUGCCAAUGAGGAAAGCAUUCAAAGGUACUUUAUUGCUGCUGGAGGGUAUGAUAUGGAUGAAGGUAAUGUUGUUGUGGCUGAAAAUCGGGUUCAUCUUGUUGCAUGUGGGCGUUUGUUCUUGGCGAAUCCUGAUUUGCCUAAGAGGUUCGACUUGAAUGCUCGUCUCAAUAAGUAUCACAGGGAAACUUUCUACACAUUGGAUCAUGUUGUUGGUUACACCGAUUAUCCAUUAAUCCUGGAAACCAUUUCCUAA